CAUAAACAAAAUUCUCAAAACAAAACGGUGUUUGCAAAGUUUUUUAUUGAAAAUGAAGAUUUUCAGAUGGAUUUAUUCGUAAACUAAUCGGUUCUCCUCAGUGAAACUAUGCUAAAAGCAGUGGAAAAGUGUCCGGGCUUGUACUGCGGCCGGACGCUGUUGGAAAAUGCAUCGUACAGUGACUGUGGUGCUUGUAUGCGGGGCUUCCGGGUCGACAAGCAGUACAUUUGCUCGCCCUGCCAGAACGACCUCAGCGAGUACGACUGGCUCUAUCUGGGCUUUAUGGCCAUCCUACCGCUGAUCAUCCACUGGUUCUGUAUCGAUCUGAACCGGCAAAACCAGCGCAAAUUCACCAAGGGGGAAAUGAUUCUGCACGCGAGCGCCUGCAUCGAGGUACUGCUGUCGGCGUUCUUAACCAUUCUCUUCACGGAUCCCGUCUGGGAGUUGCGGAUCAAUUCCUGUGGCGUCCGAGUGCUGUCCGAUUGGUACACGCUGUUUCACAAUCCGACACCGAACUACGAGACGACGCUGUACUGCACCCAGGAGGCGGUUUACCCGCUGCAGACGAUGAUCUUCGUGUUCUAUCUGUUCUGCGUUACGUUCAUGAUAAUCAUAAGGCCGGUGCUGAACGCGAGAGCCUUGCCCGUUUGCGGGAAGAUGGCCGUGUAUUACGCACUGUAUAUCUUCCCGAUACUUUCGCUGCUGCAUGCAGUGGCCGGUGGUCUUAUUUAUUACCUGUUCCCCUAUCUCAGCAUUGUAAUCUCGGUGGUAUCGAAUGCAUUGCAUUUCUCGUUCAAACUGGACCAGACGAUGAGGUCUUUGCUGGAAAAUUCAGUCACACAGAUGCGCAAUGUGACUAUUAUUCUGGGACAUUGGCUAUUGCUGGCGUAUGGAAUUAUUUCGAUUCGUUUCGAAAUUUCUUAUUUCUCCCUGUUGCUUGUGCCCGUUCCGGCACUAUUUUACAUCUUUACCGCCAAGUACACCGAUCCGGAUAAUUUUAAGUAAAUUCCACAAUUUAGAACUGUAGCCCUAAAUAUGUUUUAAUUAGUUAUCCAAGAACACUGUGUGAUAAUUUAUUGCUAUUUCCUUUAGAA